GUUGUGUCUCGCAUGUCGCGAACAGUGAUGUAAACAAAAAAUGUACAAUAUCCUGUGAUUUAGUUCAUUUUGACAGAGUGCCACAAAGGAUAUGUUUUGAAAGUGUUCCUGCACUGUUACGAAGGAGGACUUUAGAAGGAUUCAUGUGAAACGGUAGCACGAUGACUCCGCUCCUGUGCCUCCACGUACUCCUGGCAGCAGCUGGUCCAGCUUUGGCAGACAUCGCGAUGAAAUUCACGAGAUCCCCUGAAUCCGUCACUGCUCCAGUCGGUGACAAUGUGACCUUCGUGUGCAAGGUCAACGUGCCCGGUGGCAGGCUGUCCUGGCGGUGGCGGUCUGCAGACGGUGGCGACCAGUGGACGGACAUUGUGGGCACCAGCGACAAGGACUUCACAUCCACCCGGCUUGAUGUCGUAGUCGGGCCAGACGCUGUUACCAAGUACUAUCAGUGCGUGGUAUGGUACGCAGCUAUAAGUCUGGUCUCGGUUCCUGCCAAAUUGACGGUAGCCAGGCUCAUCAUCAAGGAUGGGCAUCGAAAACGGGUGUACUCCGUGUCCCCACACAACACCGUCGUGAUACACUGCAGGGAACCGGAAUCCGAGCCACCAGCUGUCCUGCAGUGGAGGAGGGAAACUAAGCAUUCAAAAACGCCAGUGGACUCUAAACACGGCGUGCUGGUGAUCCACAACGUGACGUCAGAGCACAGCGGCACUUAUAUCUGUUCUGCAAGGAAUGAACUCAUGAGAGAAGAAGUAGUCGUACCCGAAAGAGUCGUGUUGAAGGUUGAGCGAGGAGACGAUGGACGCGCCAGGUUUUUGGAAAAGGAAGAUGAAAUUGGCUUCAUGAUCGAUCAUCAACUAACAGUUCCAGUCAAGUUGAACAGUUCCGUGUCUCUCUGGUGCGGGGCGGUGGGAUCCUCCCCGCCUAGGGUCACUUGGAGCCGGGAUAAGAAGGGUCUCAACCACCGCCACGAUCAUGAGCUGGCGAUAGCUUCAUUCUCUGCUUCAGAUGAGGACAUGUACACUUGUACAGCCAACAAAAUCCGUCGUUCCUGGCGGUUGGUAGCCCUGCAGCCGCCAUAUUGGAACGGCACUGCUGCCAACGUGAACGCUAGCGAGGGGGGCUCCGCCACCGUGCACUGUGGAGCCCUGCACGGGUACCCACCCCCGACUGUGUAUUGGCUGCUGAAUGCUGAGAAACUGAGUGGGAAAGGGAUUCAUGCUAAUGAUACCAGCCUAUCAAUAGAACGAGUAGAGAAGAAACAUGCGGGCAUAGUGCAGUGUAUGGCGUGCAACGAUCUAGGUUGCGCAUACGACGGCGCGCUGCUUAGUGUCGUACCCGUCGAAAUAUCUAACCAGGAAUAUGCAGCAGAAUCCUCUAAGAGCAUGCACGGCUCACAACCUUCAAAGAAGCACAAAAAGAGGAAACAGCUGGUGCCACCUUCUCGGCCCAACGUGACCCGGUUUUCCGACGAGAGCGUCAUGCUGACAUGGACCCAUGCUAACAGGGGAAUGCCGGUUGAAUUCUUUAAGAUUCAAUACCGGAUGGUGAACUCGAAUAGUUCCACAGAUAAGGUGGAGUGGCAGACAGACUCCUACAGGAUACAACCCCUCACCCACUCCCAUCAGAUCGAUGGGCUAAUUCCUAACAAUUCUUACAAGUUUCGCGUGGCAGCCGUGUACUCCAACAAGGACAAUAAGCAAGGACCGAGCAGUGCCUCUUUCUUCCUGAAGAAGGGCGGGUUCCUUGCUCCGGCACCUCCUACUCUCAUCUCAGUCAAGCCUCUGUCGCCAACCAGCGUAUUGCUCAAUUGGACUUGGUACAGCGACGAAGGGGGCAUCCAGCCGGAAGGCUUCUACGUGUACUAUCGCACGGUGUCCACGGCUGGACAGUACGAGAAGUGGAUGGUGCCCAACGGCGCGGCGGCGCGGUCUGCCGUCGUGUCGUACCUGCAGUCGGGGACGAAGUACGAGUUCAAGAUGCUCGCCUACACUGCACAGGCGCCGUCCAACUUUAGUACUAUCAAGGAAGCAAAAACAUUCCGUGAGAGCGUGACCGAGGAGACACCUCGGGAACGUGCCCCGCAGGACCUCGAACCUGACUCGGGCGCUCCCCGGACUCUCAUCACUGCCGGAGGAGCCGUGGGAGCCACAGCGCUACUCGUCGUGCUUGCUGUCGCUCUGGUGUUGUGUCGCCGCGCGAAGCGACCUGCCAAUAAAGAAAAAUCAGUGCCUGAGAGCGGCGGUGCCAACGGCUACAUGCCAGCUAAAGUGCCCAUCACCAUCACUGCCAACCCGAUGCAUGCAGAGGGAGGAGAUGGAGGGGUAGAAAUGUCCUUUAUUCACAACAACAAUACUGGCAAUGACGACACAUUGCCACAUUCCAGAAAAAACGGUGCAACAGCGCCACGGCAGUACGUGUGAUUUUGAACUAUACACUCCAGUUAUUAAGGUUGAAAAUUCGCUGUUGAAAAUAUUUUUUCCAGUGUUGCCAAAUUUGAAUUUACCUGCCAAUUGGUAGAAUUGGUAUAUGAUUUGGACAAUUGUGAUAAUUAGUAACUGCCAUAUUUGACCAGUGUGGACUAACAGUACAAAAUGAUAUGUAUUUAUUAUUUAUAUGUAUUUAGUAUAAUUUGUGUAUUGAACAAGCUGUAAUUAUAAAGGUGUCAUCACAUACUUAUUAAUUAAAAGUCUUUAGCUAUAAGAAUUAAUUGUCCUAUCCUAUAAUUUAUUAUAAAUGACAACUAAACAUUUUAUUAGAUCUGAUAUAUUACUAAGAACUGAUUUUCAAUUACUCAAUACUUGCAUUUAUGUUUUAUUUGUUUUGAAUGAAUUGUAUGGCAUUGUACUUAUAUUUUGUUAUUGGUUUUGAAAUUUGUUUAUGGACGUGACGAUUGAGAGCGAAUUUUGUUUAUGAUUAUUUUUUUCUAAGGUUGUGGAUUAUUUGUGGCCUCAUUAUAUUUUAGCAACAUGAUAUGAAAAGAGUUUAUUACAUGUAAUUGUAACUUAUACAAUAUUUUUGAGCAUUUAUCAGCCAUUUUGAUAUUUGAAUAUGGCUUUUUUAUUAUUAUUUUUACUAAUACAACAGUUGUUUACCAUCUGGUAACUCAUGCUUUUUUGCCCAAAACGUUCAAACUUUAGAGUUAGGAAAAAACCUACAAUAAAAGUGAUCCCAAGAAAUAUAAACACUAUUGGAGUCGAUCAAUUUGAGGAAAAGAAAAUCUGCCCGUUAUGUUACGACACGUCCGUCUGUCUGUCAAUUAGAUUCUGUCUGAUAUUGUCCUGCCUAGUUCACAGUUCGAAGAUAUUUUAUUCCGGAUUCGUUUUAACUGUCGAACUUGGUUCGGCAGUCGGUUGAUAAGCCAUCUUAACUUAUGAACAACAUGAACCCUUUUCAUAAAUAAUAUUCAUAAAAUGAUAGAAACAUACUUGAACUUAAACUACCUUUUUAUGAAUAACGGGGGCAGUUUAUUUAACACUUUCGCGGACGAGACAAUAUAAAUUUGUAAUUCCACUAGCUGUUGUGAGUUCGCCAUGUUGUUUUCCCUUAGAAGAUAAGCCGAUCGAUGCAAUGUUUGUAAUUCGCGAGUAAGACUGAAUUUAUUCGAUUUUCUUUUAAUUUUAGCUAAAUUUUAAGGACUUGAAAGGAAAUUAACUUUACUUAAAUGUGCGCUUAUUUGGAAUAUAGUAAUUAUUAAAAUGAAGGAAGAAGAGUUGUUAUGGGAAUAAAUAAAUACAUAUGUAUACAAUACACGCAACUUUUUUCUGUUUAAAAACCUAUUUGAUGAGUCGCUAAAGUAUAAUAUAUGUAAUCAAUUUUCGUAAAUGUGAUCUUACAUUGAGUUUUUGCUAUCCUAAACAAAUACACAUAAACAAUCUAGUAUAUAUUUACUUAAUAAACAAGUGAUUAAUAUUUUGUUUCUUGAAUGUAACCAUAAAGUUAGUAUUGUAAUUUAUUUCGAUAUCGGAAAUAAUAGUUGGGUUUGACACUCUGUUUGCCUCCAGGCGUAAACCUAUUUGUGGUAAUAUUUCUAUUUCUAUAUCUAUUAGCUACUUACUACUUCUAAGAUCUGUUACUUACGUAAUUGAUGUCUGACAGUGACACAUAAGAACAUUAAAGUUGAUAUGUACAAUCAACAUGCUCCCACAAAGCUUCAAUGUUAAAUGUAUAAUAUGUGGUGUUUCUGACUUAACUAAUUAGAAUUAUUCGUGUAUUUAAAUGUAUCAUCAACUUCUGCAAAUUUUUGCGAAAUAAUCUUUAGUUGAUCUUGAAAAUUAGUUACAAUAACUCAAAUCAAAAGUAUUAUAAUUAAUUACCCAAUACUAUAUCAUCGACAUCGAUACUGUAAUUGGACGACAAGGACUCGGAACUAUCGAUAAAUAUUUUUUACUAUGGUUUACGCUGUCACUUGUAGCAUUUUGGACUCACUCACAAAUUCAUCUCAGUUUUAUCGUACAAGUCUUAUAUUUAAGCAUCAAUAUUUUUAUAAUUUUACAGCAAUGUUAAAAUAGACAUGUGAUGUACUUAUUUGAUUUAUUUUCAACCAAAUUCAACAAAAAAUACGUGAAAACAGUUUACAUGUUAGGAUUAGUGAGAAAAAAAUUGAGUGUACCUAAAUAUGUUUUAAAUUUUUCUCAUACUACCUGCGAGUAUUUACUGUAUUUCCUAUAUACUUACUGUAACAUAGUACACCUUUGUACUUUUAUAAUACCAACAACUAAAUUUUACAAAAAAUGUAUUAAGAUUUAUCUCACAAAUAACUUUAAUUUGUAUUCCGAAAAACAGAAUCAGAAAAAAUAUUAAAAGCAUUUGAUUAAA